AUGAUCAAUGCCUUUCUGGUCUUCAACGGCCAAGGUCAGCCUCGUUUGACAAAGUUCUAUACCCAAUUGGAAACUAGUAUACAACAGCGCCUCAUCUCCGAAAUAUUUACACUCGUCUCGAAUCGGCCGGCCGGAUCUUGUAACUUCUUACCCCUUCCACCUCUGCUCGCCGCUUCAGGCACCUCCCACACCUCCUCGGAAGAACAGAACGAUGUUCCAACACUGGUAACAUACCGCAACUAUGCGACCCUUUAUUUCAUCGUCAUCUCUACAUCGACCGAGUCGCCGCUUGCCCUUAUCGAUUUGAUCCAAGUCUACGUGGAGGCCCUCGACAAGCUGUUCGAGAACGUCUGUGAGCUGGACUUGAUCUUCAACUUCGAAACCCUGCACUCUACCUUAUCAGAAAUGAUAAUAGGGGGCGUGGUAAUAGAGACAAACCUAGAUCGCAUUGUCUCAGGGGUAAAGGCGCAAGGAACCGUCGCGAAGAGACCUGUGAACGAAGGAAGAGGGCCUACUGGCCUGGGAAGUGGACUUGGUAUGGGUGCCAAUUUUGCUUGGACUGGGCGAUGA